UAACUUGACGCACAAUCAACGAUCGCCUACCGAUUCAGUUUGAAAAAUAGUGGAAGUUUAUCCUUGAUUUCUUUACAAUAUGAGCAGCAGAAAAAUCGUUUGUUUGUAGAUUUCAUCGGGAAUACUUUGAUUCUGUGAACGUGCUGCGAUUAGUCGCCUGCCUUAAUUUUCAAGAGCACACGGAAGAUAAUCACGGAAUCAUGGCCAGCGGUGCAGGAUCCCACGCUAUGUAUAUUAAACAGUAUCUACCAACAGCAAGUCCCGCUUACCAGAAGCCAGCUGAAACGGAGCGAGAUGUCUUACAGGUCUUUUCAAAUUUCAAGGACGUCCGGCCGAAAAUGGACACAUACACUUUCAACGACGGAUCAAGGAAAACUCUGCUGUGUGUUGAUGGAACGAUCCCAGUCUACUACAAAGGCAUGAGUUACAACAUUCCUAUCUGUAUCUGGGUGAUGGAGACGCAUCCCUACAAUCCACCUCUCUGCUUCGUCAAACCCACAAAAGAUAUGCUCAUCAAGCCAUCCAAAUACGUCGACUCCAACGGCAAGAUAUAUCUGCCUUACCUCCACGACUGGAAAUACCCUUCGUCAGAUCUGCUCGGUUUGAUCCAAGUCAUGUCGGCGGUCUUUGGGGAAUUCUCCCCUGUAUUUAGCCGGGCUUCGCAAUCCAACCCUCCUCCUAGACCGGGCUAUCAGCCUGGGGGACAGCCCCCAAGUCAAUCACCUUACCCAUCAGGCGGUUACAACAUGCCAAUGCCGAUGCCACCCAGCACCCAGCCCAAUUACAACCCUGGCUACCCCUCAUCCACCUCUUUCCAACCCUCCAGUCAGUACCCCGCCAGUUACCCAAAUACCAGUUACCCCAGCUCCCAGCCCCCAUCGUACCCUUACCCACCCACUCAGCCCCCUGCCGGGCAAGUCACAAGCCAGCCGUCUUACCCUAACCCUAACCCGGCUACUACUGAUUUACCAGUAGGUUCAGGCACCAAAAGCAAUGAACUAUCAGACGAUGAGAUAAAAGCGUCCAUCAGGUCAGCCGUGGAGGACAAACUCAAACGCAGACUGAAGGACACGUAUGAUGGAAUUCAGGCUGAAAUGGACUCAAUGACAAACACAAAAGACAAGUUGAAGUCAGGACAGCAACAACUGGAAGAUAUGAUCGGCAAACUGGAAGCAGAACAGGUUGAUCUGGAAAAAAACAUUCAACUGUUACAACAAAAGGACGAAGAAAUCCGAUCAGCUCUGAGUAAAAUGGACGGUCAGGCACAGAUGGAUAUAGACGAGGCAAUAGUGCCGACAACUCCACUAUACAAACAAUUGCUGAACCUUUUUGCUGAGGAGAUGACAAUUGAAGACACCUAUUACUACCUCAUGGAGGCACUGAGGAAGAACACCAUAGAACUUGAAGCCUUCUUGAAGCAUGUCCGAGAACUCUCCCGUAAGCAGUUUCUCCUCCGUGCCCACAUUCAGAAAGUGAGGCAGACGGCUGGACUGAGGGACUUAGUCAUGUGAGGGGACACAAGUAAUCAUGGUAUCAUAGGCAUGUGCUUGAAAGUCCAUGGCUGAAUUAGGUAAUUAUGUCUAUGACUAUGGCUAGUGGUUGUGGUGUGUUAAUGGCAAUAGCCAAAGCCACAACUGAAAUGCUGGAUUCAGGCUAUACUGGUACCCACUACCCUAUCCAUAUGCUGGUAAUUGCUAAUUUCAUUUUGUUACAAUUUUAUGGUGGUGGAUUACCCAGAAUGCAUUGUGUUUCCUUCAAAACAUUUUGUGAAACGAAUAAGCAAUCACCGGUGACCAGUACAAGCAAAGCUAAGACUUACCGUGUGCAAAUUAUGACCACUUGAGGGCGCUCUUUACACAUUUAGUAGAUUCAUGUCAUCCAGUUUUGAGUUGAGUCAGAACUCCAUUUUGCAAACUCUUGUAGAUAAAGUUUGGUUGCUUUUUUUUGUUUAAAAGUGAAUAUUUAAAGGGGUAUCUUUUUUUGCAUUAAUUAAUGUAAGAUUUCCAACUCUAUUUUGCAUUUGUAAUGUCUAAAAGAAUGCAGAUUAUUUGGGGUCAGUUAAUUUCUGGAAAUUUUUGUGUAAAUAUUUACACCUUUAAGAUGGUCUUGGAGAUGUCACAAAUUAUAAAACAGUUUUUGUAAAUGCUAUUGGUUUUGUGUAAAUAUUGUAUAUAUUACAUCUCUCUUUUAUGAGCAAGAAAGAAAUAUAUAUUAAUUGUACUGUGCAUUUUAGCAUGCAUAAAAUGCAAAAAGGAUUAGGUUUUUCUCAUCAAAUCUUUUGGAUCCAGAGGCAUAAAGGUAGAAACUUUACUCCCCCGCCAACCUUCCAGAAGGGAAACAAAUUGUCUCGGAAAAUAUUUAGUAUCUGCCAACUAAUUAACUUGAAAAUUGGAAAAACUAAAAACUCUAAUUGAGGUUUUGUUACUUUGUGGGUACACACCAACAUUUUGGGAAUUUGUCUUAAAAACUUUUGCUUAUGGGUUAGGAAGUGGUUUACAUUUUAACCAAGAACUGUAUAAGGUCUGCUAUAGUGAAAAGGUGGCUUAUGUUUGACCUGUGAGUUAAAAUAUGCAUUAUUUGUAAAUCAGAUUUCAGUUUGUAUGAACUGUUUUCUUAUUUUAAAAGUUUUCAUAUUAAUCCUAUAUUUACAUUAGUUUAUUGAAACUUUAUGUCGUCAUUGCAGAAUAAAACAUUCAGAAUUCACACACAUCUUGUAAAGUCAUAAAGAAAA